CUUUUCAGAUGUGUUAAUGAAUGUGGAACAAAAGCAGUUGUGUUUAAAAGGAAAAAAGGACCAUCAAAAUAACCUUUAUUAUAGUAGCAGGCGUGAACACUAAAUUAAUUAUUCCAAAUUGUGGUGUCAAAAAUAACCUACUUUAACUAGAGACUAGCCUCUAGAAAACCUAUUGUUGAACUGCUCUGAAGCUAUCAUUUUAGCUAUAAAUUACUAUUCUUAAAAUUUUAUAAACCUGGUUGUAAAUGAAUAUGUUCUUUAAGUCUUUUUAACCAAAUUAAAACAAUUUGAACAAAAUCUUACCCCGCCUAAAAAUGAUAGUAUUUAGUUGACUUUGAGUUAAGCUCUUCAAAAUAAGACCAUGUGAAAGGGGUAAAGUUUUAACCUUUUUUGUUAUUCACAUGUGAAAAACAAAUUAAUUUAGAUAAUUGAAUCACUUCCUAGAUGAAAGUUUUUAGUUCAGUGGUGUUUAAAGUCUAUUUUGGUACCAACAGUUCUCGCUUCAGUAAUUCACCAGUAGGUUUUCAUUCAUCAAUGACGAUAUCAGUUUAGGGCUAAAAAUAAAACACGUUCAUUUCCUAGGGCUUAUCAUUUUACUUAGAGGAAAUGUCCUUAAGAGUCCCCCUACCCCCCAAAGAGAUUCUAAGCAAAAAAAAUGUAACUAACAUCUAUAUUUUGUUAAUAUAGUUACCUUUCUUUUUCUUAGAUUCUUUAAAGUUUUGAGUAGAUAGGCAUAUUUGAUUAGGUUGGGUGCUUCUGUUGCUUAGGAGGUGUAUUAUGUUAAAUGAAGACAGAAUGAAUUUAAAUGUACCCGGUUUGGCCAUAUAUAGCACAGACUACAUAAAACUUGGAGGUGUGGGACCUUUGGAGGCAUUAAAGUUAACAUUUCAUUUAGGCAGUAUGCCUUUGUUUGACUGGUGUGUAAGUCCUUCUUCCAGGUUUGUACGCUCUUAAACACGUUAUUCUACCCUCUCUAACUCCUCCCAGCAGCAAAAGGGAGACACUUCAGCUGGAACAAAAUAGUGGAAGAAAUGGCGUCUGGGGUUCAGUGGGGAUUCGCAGUGUGAGAUACUACUCGUCAACGAAUCAAAUUCAGUGAUGACAGAGUAUGCAAGAGUCACCUUCUGAAUUGUUGCCCCCAUGAUGUCCUGUCUGGAACUAGAAUGGAUCUUGGAGAAUGUCUGAAAGUCCAUGACCUGGCUUUAAGAGCAGAUUAUGAAAUUGCAUCCAAAGAACAAGAUUUUUUCUUUGAACUCGAUGCUAUGGAUCAUCUGCAGUCAUUCAUUGCAGACUGUGAUCGAAGAACAGAAGUGGCUAAGAAACGAUUAGCAGAAACUCAGGAAGAGAUCAGUGCUGAAGUUGCAGCAAAGGCAGAACGUGUUCAUGAGUUAAAUGAAGAAAUCGGUAAAUUGUUGGCUAAGGUGGAACAGCUAGGAGCUGAAGGGAAUGUGGAGGAAUCCCAGAAAGUAAUGGAUGAAGUAGAGAAAGCACGGGCAAAGAAAAGAGAAGCAGAGGAAGUUUAUCGGAAUUCUAUGCCAGCUUCCAGUUUCCAGCAGCAGAAACUUCGAGUCUGUGAAGUUUGCUCUGCCUAUUUAGGUCUUCAUGAUAAUGACAGACGACUGGCUGAUCAUUUUGGGGGUAAACUGCACCUGGGAUUUAUUGAAAUAAGAGAGAAGCUUGAAGAAUUAAAGAGAGUUGUAGCUGAGAAGCAGGAGAAAAGAAACCAGGAACGCCUGAAAAGAAGAGAAGAAAGGGAGAGAGAAGAAAGGGAGAAGCUGAGGAGGUCUCGAUCACAUAGCAAGAAUCCUAAAAGAUCCAGAUCCAGAGAGCAUCGCAGACAUAGGUCUCGCUCCAUGUCACGGGAACGGAAAAGGAGAACUCGAUCCAAAUCCCGGGAGAAACGCCAUCGCCACAGGUCCCGCUCCAGCAGCCGUAGUCGCAGCCGCAGCCACCAGAGAAGUGGGCACAGUUCUAGAGACAGGAGCAGAGAGCGAUCCAGGAGGAGAUCCUCAAAAGAGAGAUUCAGAGAACAAGACUUAGCAUCACGUGACAGAGACAGGAAUUCAAGAGACAGAUCACCUCGUGACAGAGAUCGAAAAGAUAAGAAGCGGUCCUAUGAGAGCGCUAAUGGCAGAUCAGAAGACAGGAGGAGCUCUGAAGAGCGCGAAGCAGGGGAGAUAUAAUUAGCUGUGUACAUAUCCUCAAUCCUUAAGCUUCCUCUGGAGUUACAUACUAUUGUUUAGUUUACAGCUGUUCAGGGUGACACAGUGAGCAGUUCCAGACACCGAUCCAGCUAGGCUAGGUGUAUAGCAUCUAACUUGAUCUGAACUUGUUUUCUUUGAUGAAGCCUAAAACUACAUCCAUAGUUUCUGGUGAACUUGUAAUACACUUCUGAAAGUACAGUUUUAUAUAAUAAGUUGCUGAUGUCUUUAUUCUUUCUAGUAGGAGUGAUAGUGAAUGAAUUGUGUUACUUGCCUUGGGAUUUUUUGAACAUUUGUAAAAUGCUGUCUUCCUUUCUUGUCCAAAAAACAGAAACUUUGGGAAUUUCUUGUUAAUCCUUCUUCCUUUGACUCCGUAUCCCCUGAUACCUCUACCCUCUAACUGUAAGAGAAAGGGGUGCAGGGAAGCAAUAUAACUUCUGUUCUAAGGUUCUAUUCCCAUUAUUAAUUACUAGCUGAUUACAGUUCAGAACAUUUAUACUGGAAUGUGUGCUGGAGAAAUUUAAAGUACCGGGAGUUUUGUUUGUCUAACGGUGCCUAUUUUAGAGUGGGAGGUUGAACAGCUGUUGCAUUACAUGCUUUGCUUUUUUAUUGAAAUUUUGAAAUCAAACAUGUCUUGAUUUUUCUGUUCUAUUGAAUAGCUAUGUUCAGGAUGUUUUGAGAUGGGGGGUGGGGGCAGGGACUCUUUCAUAAGCACUUCUUGUUUUAUUUUGUGUGUGUGGAGUAUAAAGAUUACACCCUUAUUGUAAAAAAUAAUAAAAUGAAAAUCACCACCACCAUUAAACUGUAACUUGUCUAGUAAAUUGUCACUAGAACUACUUGCUGUAGCCAUUUCUAUUCUGUUACUAAUAGUGCCUUACUGUGCAAGGCACCAAAGGAAAUAAAUAUAUACUUACAGAUGCAAGAUGAAUUGUUGCUCCACCUGGGCCCUUGCUGGCUGUAUUCCAGCUACUUCAGGACUGUCUGUAACAACCGCUGUAGAGAAGGACCAGACCUGCAGAAGAAAUUGAGUUUAUUUGUUUUUUCUUCACAUUGAGCAAAUUGAAAUAAAAACAUGGUGUAACCAGU